CUUCCGCCUUCGACAAAGAUGGCGGAGCGGUUUACAGAGACCGGGCGGAAGUGGCCGGAGAAAGGGCGGAAGUGGCCCCGGAGGCUGCCGGGAAGUGUAGUUCUGCGGGAGGCGGGCAAUGCAUUGCAGCCCAGGGCCGCCAUGGAGCAGGCGCUGCUGGUGCUUCUUCUCCUUCUCUCGAGGUCGGUGGCGGCGCUGGAGCCGCUGAGCGUGGGGCUGGCCAUCGGGGCGGCCUCGGCCCUCACCGGCUACCUCUCCUCGCCCCGCUUCUACUGCAGCUUCGUCGAGUGCUGCCCCGCAGAAGGGGACCCCAAGCCCGGAGGGGACGCUCUGAAGGACGCCUUGGAUGAGAAGCUCUUUGGCCAACAUCUCGCCAAAGACGUCGUCCUGAAGGCCGUGUCCGGUUUCGUCAACAAUCCGAACCCGAAGAAGCCCCUGGCGCUCUCCUUGCACGGCUGGGCUGGCACCGGCAAGAACUUCGUCAGCCAGAUCGUGGCCGAAAACGUCCACAAGUUGGGUCUGAGGAGCAAGUUUGUCCACCUUUUCCUCGCCACGCUCCAUUUCCCCCACGAUCACCAGAUCAAACUCUACCAGGACCAGUUGCAGAAAUGGAUCCGGGGCAACGUCAGCGCUUGCGCCCGGUCUGUUUUCAUCUUUGACGAAAUGGACAAGCUCCACCCGGGACUGAUCGAUGCCAUCAAGCCUUUCCUCGACUACUAUGAUAACAUCGACGGCAUCUCCUACCGAAGAGCCAUGUUCGUCUUUCUCAGUAACGCAGGAGGCGACCUCAUCACAAAAGUGGCCCUAGACUUUUGGAGGAGAGGACAGGACAGGGAAAAGAUCCAGCUGAAAGAUCUAGAGCCGGUGUUAUCCGUCGGCGUUUUUAACAACAAGAACAGUGGUCUCUGGCAUAGCAGCCUCAUCGAUCGAAACCUCAUUGAUUACUUUGUGCCCUUCCUUCCCCUGGAGUACAAACAUGUGAAAAUGUGCAUCCGGGCAGAGAUGAAAUCCCGUGGCAACCCCAUCGAUGAGGAGGUGGUUCAAAAGGUGGCCGACGAGAUGACCUUUUUCCCGAAAGACGAGCGGAUCUACUCCGAUAAAGGCUGCAAAACAGUGCAGACCAAGUUGGAUUUCUAUUGAGGUGGCUUUAGGAUUUUUCUCCUCUCCUUUUACAACAUUAAACUAGGAAGUGGAUGAUGAAGGAUUUCUUGGAGCCACUACUGGAGCACUUUUGAAACAAGGAAAAUCUAUGGAUUUGCACUUUCAAACAUUUUUUAGACUUCUAGUUGCUGGUGGGUUUUUAUAGUCACCCUUCCCUCUCCCAAAUCCAGUGUUUUUCCUGUUUGGUCAUCAAAUGUUGUAAUUCUUUCUAUAGAAAUCUUAGUGAAUGUUAGGACUCAGUUGGGUUGGAAAUGUCAUAGCGUCCUAGAUGUUGUGGGACUUCAUAUCCCAGCAGCCUUAUCCAGCACACCUAAGGCCAUGGAAUGAUGUAAGUUUAAGUCCGCUAGCAUCCAGACAGUGAAAUGAUUCCUACCAAGAUGUUACCCUGAAUCCUAUUGUGAGUCCCAACUAGAGUAGACCCAUUGAAUGAGUGAUAUUUCCCCAUGUGCAGUUGAUUCAGUGGAUAUGUUCUAGUGGCACUAAAUAGUCAGAUUUAGACCAGUAGUCUGUAGCAGUGAUUGUCAGCCUUUCUUCUUCCAGAUAGAUUAGACUUCAGGUCCCAGAAUUCCUUGUGCCUUGGCCAUUUUGGCUGGAACCUCUGGAAGUUGAAAUUCCAACAAUAUCUAGAGGGCCGAAAUUGAAAAGCACUGGUCUUUAGAGCAUUACAGUGUAACAUCUGAGAUUUGCUGGAAUGGUUCCUUUUUUCCACCUCCGCCCCUCUUGACAAUGAAACUAGAACUAACAUGGACGUUACUUAAGGCUGUAAUCCUCCUUAGUUCAGCACAGCAAAAUAUUUGCCAUCCUCUGGACCUACUGAAACCUAUUAACAGGAUUCCAGCCUUACUUUGUUCCAUUGCAUACAUUUCCCUGUUACCCUUCCCAGUAUGAUUUUAAGAAUUCCAGUUCAUGUAGUCCUGAAUCGUACUGGUUAGUCCCAACUAGAGUAGUCCUGUUGGAUCAGUGAAUGGUGAAUCAACAUAUAAAUAAAUCCUAUGGAUUCAAUAAGUCGGCUCUGGUUAGGACUAACCAGGGCAGAGUAUAUAGACUAUGGAGUGCCUUUUUUGGUCAGUGAUGAUAGUUGCAAACAUUUAAGAUUGUGCCAAGAGCAUUUAGAGGCUUCUGGGCCUCCUCCUUGGUGAGGCUAUAGACCAAUGUUCGCGUAUCCAAACCCCCAAUCAUGGAAGAGUAGGUUUCCUAAGGAUUUUAAGGCUGUACAGUUGGCCCUCUACAUUUGCACCUUUGACUUUUGUGGAUUUGGUUAUUUGGAUUUGAUUAAUACAUUCUCUCUAGGAAUCUAGGUCCUCCAGCACAACUUGCUGGAAGUUAACCAUAGAGUUGCUCUGGAGGACCUAGAGGUUACUAGAGAAAACACUUCCCUAGCCAUUUGCAGGUCUUCUGGUGUGAUUCUAUGGUCAACCUCUGGCAGAGUUGCACUGGAGGACUUAGAGACUCCAAGAGAGGUGUUCUCUCAGGUUAAAUAGUGUUUUUUAUUUGUGGUUUUUCCACAUUCACGAGGAUUUUGUGCCCCUAACCUCAGCAAAUGGAGGGCCCACUGUCAUCCAAGGUCCCUUCAGCAUAGCGUAAAUAUCUGCACAUGGAGAUACACUAUGCCAGCAUCACGUCACCUCCAUACCACACUGCACAAUACAGGUCAAUGCCAGAAUGCCACUGCUUAAUGUGCAGUGAACAAUGUAUAGCGGGCAACCUCAGUGUGCAGCAUUGCAUAACACUGCUUCCGCAUGGGUUAGCAGAAUAUUGUCUGUUACGCUACGACACAUAAUUUAUCCUGCAUAUAGUGUCAUUUAUGAUUGCAUAUGUUACAGACAGAAUGUGAGACUUAAACCAGCGCACUUUGCGCUGCAGCAAGGAAGCACUAACUGAGCUCAGGGAGUUUGGCAAAUGGAUCAUUUGACUGUAUUUCUGUUCCCUCUUAAUGCUAACCAUCACCCUUCUUUUCUUUGGGACAAAGCACUGCCCUUGUUCAGAUUUAAGCCUGGUUUAAGUUGCCUUCUCACAUAACCAUCCCUUUUCCAAGAGUUUUAACUCUUCCAGCUAGGUCAGGGAUGACCAAAGUGUGGCCCUUCCCAUGUUCUUGAACUGCAUCUCCCAUCAUCCUUAACCAGCACGGCAAUGGAUAAUGGAAGUUGCAGUUCACCAACAUCUGACUCAGUUCAACAGUUGAUUCAACAGGUCUACUCUACUUGCGACAAACCAACUGGAUUCCAACAAGGAAUGGGAAUUAGGUAGCUUUGUUGGAUUGCAAUUCCCAACAGAUCCAGUGGCAAGAAAUAUUGGGAUUUGCAGUCCAAUGACAGCUAGAACGCUGCAUGAAAGAUAAAUCAAGGAGGGCUGAUAGAAAAGCCCAGGAUACGUGGCCUUUAUCACUUGUUAAUCUGUUUAUGGAAGUAACUGUAAGAAGUAUAUUUUGUAUGUUUCAAUGAGAAUGGGAGUGAAAGUAUAACAGAACAAGAGAGUUAGGUGUGGAAAGGGUAGCACUGGGUUGUGUAACUUCUUUUCCCCACCACUCUAGUCUAUUUUAUUGUAAGGUUUAAUAGGCAGAGUUUAUUUACAUGUAAGAAACACUUCAACACGUUUCUUCUUUGCUGUUGGAGUGUGUACAUCUAGCAUUUCUCUGUUGUUAGAAAGCCUUGGAGAAAUACAACAGAUUUGGUUGAGAAGAAAGUACAGGUUGAGUCUCCCUUGUCCAGAAUACUGAAAUAUUCCAAAAUCCAAAAUUGUCCAAAUGAAUGGCUGAGAUAGUGACAUCUUUGCUUUCCGAUUGUUCAGUGUACACAAACUUUGUUUC